ACAAGGAAAACGCGCUUUUCUUACCCGUCUCCUCAGCGUCCCCGAGCUCAGUCGGAUGCUGGCAGCGGAGAGUGGCAAACGGUCUCGAUGUCCAGUUUUUCUUACGCCGUCGUCUUUCUCCCUCGUCUGGGAGCCUUGCGCCGUGGUCGGAACGCUUAUCGACUCCUCCGCUUUCCUGCGGUGAGGAACGCCCGUCGACAACGUCCGUUUCCGGUUGGCUCCGUCUGGAAGGUUGAAUAGUGAGUGUCCUGAGAGGUCAGAUUGCUGUCAGACAUGGCUGCUGGGCAUGGACACGAACACGGGCACGGGCAUGGGCAUGGUCACGAUAAACUCGUCCUUCCAGACCACACACAGUGGAAAACAGAAGGGACACCGCUAGAGACAGUGCAGAAGAAGCUGGCUGCCCGGGGGCUGAGGGACCCGUGGGCUCGGUAAGAUGAGUCUAGGCGUGU